CGGAACACUCAAACCGAACGCCUAUUUUGGUGGAAUGGGAAUCGCUCCACUUCGGUUCAAUGCGAUAUUUUGCUUGGGUUUAAGCACGAUAGAAAUUAGGUUUUAAAGUCUAUUUUCGUUCACCCAAAACAGAGAACCAACGAGAGAGAGAGAGAGCACGUAUACGGCGUAUACGGUACCGAAAAUUUUCGUUUCUUCAAGCGGAGUGAAACCUGGGUGAACGUGGGGGUUUGGGAUCACUUAUAUACGACCUAAGGAAGCUUUUUAACGUGGUAUAAGGGGCGGAAGUCGUCGUUUUGAGAUUCGCCAUUUUUGAAGCUUCAAAGGUGCGGCUUAGUUACGGACUCGAAUUCGAACGUGUUUAAGCUUGUUCUUGGGUCAAGGGAGGUUAUAUUUGAGUGCAUGGGACCCUAAGGAUUGUUUUUGACGUAAGAAAACGAAGCUUUAACGUCCAAAACGAAAAUCCAAAAUUUUGGACUCCAUUAAAGACGGUACACCGCCAACGAAGAAGACAACCCCGAUCUGCCCUCUCGGACCACUUUUCUUGAUCGUUUUGAGGUCCUGAGCAUUGUGGAGAGCUUCCCCAAUCGAAAGGACGCUUCAAGAGCCAUCGGAGACAAAGUUACACUUUACCGGCGACGAAUCCGACGAGAACUCCGGCGACACUCCGUUCAGGGGUUUCUGGAGGAUCUUGUUCUCAACAAGGAAAUUCGUUGAGGUGCUCGAGGUAGCAAGUGUGGUCUUAGCAACUGAGGUAAGAAGAGUGGACAUCUGUACACAGGGUGUAUGUUAUGCAUACAACUUGGGUUGGUUUGCUAUUUAAUUUGAUUGUGUUAUGAUUUCCUUAUAUUUUGUGAGCAUCGUUAGCAUGAGAAUAAUAUUAGGGUCUUGCUGCUUGUGUGAGCAUAACACUUGCAGGUUAUAACAUUAUCAUGGGUGAGUACAACUUAUGGUAAUUAAUUGCCCUGUUGGAUGCCAAGUGUGAGAAUAACACAAGGCAGGGUAGGUUACCUCAUGUCUGAUCAACAUGAGAGAAUAGUUGAUUAUCGUAUGUGAGUAUAAUGUGCGGUAUGAGACUUGAUGUAUGCAUGUGAGAACAACAUGCGUUGUGGAUAUAUUUAUGGAAUGUGAAUUACUGUUGAUUAAUAUAAAAGAGCAAAUUAUGUCAAGUAACUAGUUAGGAGGGUUAUGUCCUACAUAGCUCUUCUUACUGGGCGUUAGCUCACGGGUACUCUGUGUGCAGGUAAGGGUAAGGCUAAGCAGUGAGAAUGAAGAGCUCGAGGCGUGGACCGCAUGUUAGGGGGCUGGCACAGUAUUUUGCUUUUAAUGUUUUUAACUGCUAAACAUUUUGGAGCUAUUAUUUUGACUUAACUAGUUCUUAUUUAAGUUUACAGUACUAAAAGUAUUUUGUUUUAAACAAUGAGAUCUCAUGCUUGGAUAUUUUUCAAUAAAGCAGUAUUUGAUUGUCUUUAUCUUAUUAAAUUGUUUUAUACGGACUAUCCUAUGUGACAUCUCGGGAAAUCGGGGUGUUACAUUAUGGUAUCAGAGCAAUACGGUCCUAAAGAAUGUGGUUAGCCCUAACAUGUAAAGUUCACCGCCAUGAGACGAGCUCGACUCACUGUACUGUAAGUGGUUAUUACUUAUAAUUAAGUUGCCUUAAAUUUCUGCAUGCGAGAGGGUAACAUUAUUUUCAUGUAAAAUUGAUGAUCAAAAUGAUCUUGAUGUGUAUUGGUUUGUGUGGUUCAGGAGUUUAGAAAUGCCUCCUAGAAGGUCAGUUAGAGUGGGUCGAGGUCGAGGUCGAGGUCGAGGCCAAGGCCAAGGCCGAGAUGAUGGAGGGAUCAAUGAACCACCUCAAGCACCACAGGGAUGGGAAGAGCGCAUUGCCGCACUGGAAGGAAUCAUUCAUAGGCAGGACGAAGAACUUCGUCAGCUGAGACGUCAACCGGAGCCGCCAGUCCAAAUCAGGCAAGAUGCAGAAAAUAGAGACCCACCAGCUGCAGUGGUAUAUCCUGCUACAGAGGCUAGACAUGAGUUGUUAGCAGAGAGAUUUCGAAAACAACACCCACCUGAGUUUGAGGGAGGCAUAGACCCGGUAGUGGCUGAGGAGUGGAUAAGUCGCAUAGAAAGCAUUUUGCAGAUGCUAAGGGUGGAUGGGAAUGACCGAGUGAAGUGUGCAUCUUACAUGCUGAGGAAAGAUGCUCGUAUCUGGUGGGAGGUGGUGGAACAAACAAAGGAUGUAGAUACCAUGAACUGGAACGAUUUCAAAAGGGUCUUUAAUGAGAAGUAUUAUAACUCAGCAGUUCUAGCAGCAAAGGUCGAUGAAUUUACUGGGUUAGUCCAAUGGAGUCUUCUUGUGAUCGAGUAUGCACAAAAAUUUGAUAGAUUGGCGAAAUUUGCUCCGGAUACGGUACCUGCGAUAGAGUGCGAGCACAUCGAUUUGUGGAAGGCCUGA